CUGCUCGGGUGUGGCGGGUUUGAUAUAACGCUUUGAAACAAAUCAGAGGGCGCGCGUGAGGACUAACUGUGGAGAUCUGCUAACGGCUAACGGCUAACGGCUAACUGACGAACUCAGCUAACGGCUUUUUUUUUAACGGUUUUCGUUUUUUUAAGAGGAAGAGAAAGCGGAGUAACAGUGACUCGGUUAUUUAUUUAUAACUAUUUCAGCUCGUCGCUGGAGAAACGCGUGUGUGUGUUUGUGUGUGUGAGUGUGUGAGAACUUUUCCUUAGGGUUUGUAAUGUUGGUUUGUUUCCCCCCCCGUCAUGUCCCUCCCUUCAGCUGUGUGUGUAGUUUUUAUCACUAAAUAAACCAAAAACAAACAAAGGAUCCUGAAUUUUCUUCCUCACUGCGCAGAGUCCUGACACUGAACAGCUAAAGCGACCUAACUUUUUUUUUUCCUCUAAAAGAGGGAAGUGAAGUAGAACCUCGGAGGCACGAGUCAGUGAGUGAGUGAGUGAGUCAGUGAGUGAGUCAGUGUAAAGAGUCAGUGUGAAGAGUCAGUGAACCACACUGAUGGGCUGCACGGUGAGUCAGGAGGACAAAGUGGCCCGGGAGAAAUCCAGGGAUAUCGACAGGUCCCUGCGUGAGGAUGGGGAGAAAGCGGCUAAGGAGGUGAAACUGCUGCUGCUCGGUGCGGGAGAGUCGGGGAAGAGCACCAUAGUGAAGCAGAUGAAGAUUAUCCAUGAAGACGGAUACUCGGAAGACGAGUGUAAGCAGUACAGAGCCGUGGUCUACAGCAACACCAUCCAGUCCAUCAUGGCCAUCAUUAAAGCAAUGAGCAACCUCAAGAUCGACUACGAGGAAGAUGCUAGAGCUGACGAUGCAAGACAGCUGUUUGCCCUGGCUGCAGGAGCAGAGGAGCUGGGCUUUUUCCCUAACGAUCUCUCCAGCAUCAUCUCUCGCCUGUGGACUGACGGAGGAGUUCAGAACUGCUUUGCUCGCUCUAGAGAAUACCAGCUCAACGACUCGGCCGCUUACUACCUAAAUGACCUGGAGAGAAUAGCCCAAACGGACUACAUCCCGACCCAGUCUGACGUGUUAAGGACUCGAGUGAAGACCACAGGCAUCGUAGAGACGCACUUCACCUUCAAAGAUCUCCACUUCAAGAUGUUUGAUGUUGGAGGUCAGCGUUCUGAGAGGAAGAAGUGGAUCCACUGCUUUGAGGGCGUCACUGCCAUCAUCUUCUGUGUGGCCAUGAGUGCUUAUGACCUAGUGCUGGCUGAGGACGAGGAGAUGAACCGCAUGCACGAGAGCAUGAAGCUGUUCGACAGCAUCUGCAACAACAAGUGGUUCACAGAGACGUCCAUCAUCCUGUUCCUCAACAAGAAGGACCUGUUUGAGCAGAAGAUUGAACACAGUCCUCUGACCAUCUGCUUCCCUGAUUACACAGGGCCCAGCACGUAUCCCGAGGCAUCUGAGUUCAUCCGCACUAAGUUUGAGGAUCUGAACAAGAAGAAGGACACCAAGGAGAUCUACUCGCACUUCACCUGCGCCACCGACACUGAGAACAUCCAGUUCGUCUUUGACGCAGUCACCGACGUCAUCAUCAAGAACAACCUGCGUGACUGCGGACUGUUCUAGACAAAAUGCCCAAAGACCCCAGGUCCAGACUUGAACUGGAGUGAUGAGCAGGUGAAGGUGUUCUGACUGACUGCACUCUAACAGUUUCCUGCUUCAGCCUGCUUUUGAAAUGGUCGAGUCACCGAGUACUUGGAGCAUUCACCAUUUCACCGACCGUCGCCUCCCUCCCCGACACAUCAGCGUUCUGCCCCUGAACACCCCCCCUCCCCAAUCGACACCUCCCCUCACUCAGUCUCUUUUCCCCGUUUGCUUUUAGACUGCAGCUUCUUCGUCUUAUCGUUAUUAACCCCGUCAGGCUUCAACCACAAAUUGAAAUUUGUUGUAUUUUUUUUUGUUUUUCUUCUUUGUUUUUUUUUUUUUUUUUUUUUUUGAGUAAUAGCAGAUUUUUAAAAAAAAAAGAGCAAAAAAAAAACUUUUUAUAUGAGUACUUUUGUUUUAGUCUAGAGAAUCUGAUGUGCAUUAUUUUAUUAAACAUUUAAUUGCAUAAAGUGUUUUUAUAGAAGCAGCAGAUGAACAGAGAGAAAUUAGAUUAGAUAAAGGAGAGAUUUUGUAAAAAAUAAUGUUUACGCAGCAUCAUAUCUAUUCAAACAGAACGUGGUCGUGCACCGCAGCGUCUCCACAGACAUUCCACAGACGCACACAAGCUGCAGUAACGACAGAGCAGUAAAGUGUGUAUGAGGAUAAUUCUCUCUUAUCCAUUCCAUCAUGUGCCUUUAUUAUAAUUAUUAUUAUUAUAUUUUUAUUAUCAUUAUUAUUAUCAUCGUCAUCCUCACAUCCAUCUCUCUCUGUACGCUAUGACACCAUGUAAGGAGAAAAAGUAACGCAUCAAAAAUCUAAUCGAUAUAAAGGCUAGUUUAAAAUGAUCAGGCCUGUAUAAUGAUUUAAUUUAAAUAAAAUUUAAGUCACUAGAGAA